CAGGCAGGCAGGCAGGCAGGCCGUUCAACCUGGCCUUUCUGUCAAUGAACUUGCGGAGGCCAGGGGAAGAGGAUGGGCGGACUGAGUCAUUCACACUGAAAUAGAAAUCAGUGAGCGCUCUCUCUCUAUCUCUCUCUGUGUGUUUGUGUGUAGCUCGUAUUCUGGGAGAGGUCCUCCCGGCCGUGUUCCGCUUUAGAACUCUGACCCGGCUUUGCAAACAUUGCAAAGAAGGACGGCUCUCUUGUUGACGGGGUUCAUCCCGAACCGUUCCUCCGGCUGGGAUCAGGGGAAGAAGAGAAACUCUACGGAGAAAACUGUCCAGAAGAGCAGCGGUAACAUGGAGCCUUUAGAAGACCUGGUGCAAGACCCCAGGUUCCCGCCCGAGCUCAUCCACGUGCUGAUUUACAAUUUCAGCAUCCCGGCCGCCUGCUUCUCUCUGCCACCCCGAGCAUUGCAAAUGCUGCAGCAGCUGAGUUUUGUGGAGCUUGCGCUCCUCGGCAUGGCGACCUUCCUCACGCUGGUGUCCAUCCUCAUCUUCGUGGAAGAAGCCCUGUAUUUAUCUGCGAAGGUCCGGUGUUUUGUCAAGAUGAGAACUCUCAUCUGGAGCAGCUCAGGGCCCACUGUCGUUUCGAUAUUCUGCCUUGUGGGGCUCUGGGUCCCCCGUGCGAUGUCGGUGGUGGAAACAGCCAUUGGCGCGUAUUUUGCUACCUGCUUCUACCUGCUGACGCUGGUCAUGGUGGAAGGCAUGGGGGGGAAGGCCGCGGUCCUCAAGGCCCUGAAGGACACCCCCGUCAGGAUCAGCACCGGGCCGUGCUGCUGUUGCUGCCCUUGUUGCCCUCACAUCGCCAUGAGCAAGAAGAAACUGAACAUUUUGAUCCUGGGCACUUUCCAGUAUGCUUUCUUCAAGGGGGCCUGUGCAUUUCUGGGACUUGUUUUGACCACAGAAGACCUGUAUGACACGGCCCAGAUUUCGGCCACGAGCGUGGCCCUUUGGAUAAACACUUGCCUGGGUGUCUCCACGCUCCUCGGCUUGUGGGCGCUGGCGAUCCUGUUCCGCUCCGUCAGAAUGCACCUGGCCGAACAGAACAUGGGAUCCAAGUUUGCUUGCUUCCAGGUUCUCCUCAUCCUGACGGCGCUCCAGCCCUCCAUCUUCAGUAUCUUGGCCAACGGGGGCCAGAUCGCUUGCUCCCCGCCGCUCACCUCCAGAGCCCGGUCCCAACAGAUGCACGCUCAGCUGCUCAUCACAGAGACCUUCAUUUUGGCCGUCCUGACCAGGAUGUACUACAGAAAGCCAGACAACCAGGCGGGCUGCUGUCCAUCAGGGUCUCCGGCCAGCAAAACAGAGAUCAGUCCCUGAGCGCAAGGGAACCGAUGGACGGAGGUGGUCGGCUGCGCCCGCAAACGUGCGUCGUCUUUCUGCAAGGCCAAACCAGAAAGGAGGACCAGCCUUCCCAAGAAGCAGAUGGCGGUCAUGAGGAAAGGGAAGCGGAGGAUGACCGUCACCAGCAAGCACGUUACACGGACACGCUCUGUGACCCACGUCUUCGCAAGAGGCCUGGAAGGCAAGAUAUCUGCGUUAUGGUUCAAGAGGCCCAAGGAAAUAAAAUAAACCGACCUACGUCUGUA